AUGGUGCGGAAAUAUGCAGACCCGGGAGGUAACGCUAACUCCGCUGUGAGCGCAGGAGAGCCUGAGGAGCCAGGUCCAUCAUCUUCCAGAUUGUCCAGUAGACCCGUUAAUAUUGUCCCAGUCAGUCACAAUCAUCUUGAACAUCCUGCUAAUAAUCUAGUCGCAGCGGGACGGCGUGCUAGCCCUGUACCUGAGCCCAGAAGUUCCAGAAGCCUAGGAGGAAUGUCUCGUCGUGCUGCAAACGCCGUGGACGACAAUCCACUCGGAUGGCAAGGCGCGAAGACUACACUCAAGGAAAGAAUAAGCUACAUGUACUGCAAAGACGUUCUCGCCGAUGUGUACUUCACCGUUGGAAAAGACGACAUGAGGCAGCGAAUACCGGCUCACAAGUUCGUUUUAUCGAUCGGCUCCGUUGUCUUCGACGCAAUGUUCAAUGGUGGCCUCACUCCACAAAACUCCAGAGAUCCGCUAGAAAUUGAACUGCCUGACGUUGAAGUCCCGGCAUUCCGCGCUCUUUUGCGAUUUCUCUAUUCUGAUGAGGUAGAAAUCGGACCGGAAAGCGUCAUGACUACAUUAUAUACAGCAAAGAAAUACGCCGUACCAGCGAUGGAAACAGCAUGCGUUGAAUUUCUGAAGCAGAGUCUUGGAGCCGACAAUGCGUUCAUGCUGCUAACACAGGCUCGACUAUUCGACGAACCGCAACUGGCGAAGUUAUGCUUGGAAAUCAUUGAUAAAAACACAGCGGAAGCAUUGAAUGGCGAAGGGUUCACCGACAUUGAUUUGGAGGCCCUAUGCCUUGUACUUGCGAGGGACACGUUACGAGUGAAGGAAGCACAGUUAUUCCAGGCUGUGGUCCGCUGGUCAACUGAAGAAUGUGCUCGUCGUGGUCUCGAACCAACAACCGAGAAUCGACGAGCGGUGCUGGGGCGUGCUGUGCAACUAAUCCGCUUUCCUUUAAUGACGGUGGAAGAAUUUGCUCAAUCAGCUGGUACGUGUCAAGGUAUUCUUGAAGAUUUG